AUGUAUUUUAUAUAAAAAUAACAUAUUCCCAAAGCUCUCAGUUUUAUUUAAGCUGUAGAAUUCCUUGCUGAGUACUUAGGUAAAUCAUCUGAAAAGCGAAUUUAUACGUAUUUCUUGGCCCUGGAAGUAUUGAAAUUACUUGUAAAACUAAGAAAAUGGGCUUUGGUAGAUAAGUGUGGGCUAAUGAUUUCAGAGAAUAACAACUAUUCUGAAACAGAUUAUUAAGAGGAUGAGGCUGCCAUACAAUUCCAACAAAAUUUGGGGUCUCUGGAAUAUAAUCCAUCAGCUGUCAAUGAAAAAUCAAUAAAAGAUGAACUCAAAUCAAUCAAAGAUCCGAUUCCCAAAUUCAAUCUAGGCUAUUAUGAUGUGAUCCAAGAUAAAUAAACUUCUCUAUUAACAAUGCUGCCAAUUCCAAAUAAUGUGAAGUAGAAAGAUUAUUAAUCCAAACUAAAUUAACUAAGAAUUUAAAUUGGAGAAAUCCUGCAUCUCUUUCGUCCAUUAAUAUAUUGUGCACUGAUUCUUAAAUAUGGUGGAGAUAGUUAUACACCAUAUUUUAUCUCAUUCUUUAUUGAUAUAUUAAGGUUACUUAUAGAAUUCAGAAUUAAAAUCUAUAGAAAAAGCCAGAAAGAAGAACUCGCAAUCAGAGCCAAAGAGGCUAUAAUCUGCUAUAUUUUAAGAAAUCCAUUCUAUGGAUCAAUUGUGAAGCAAAUAAUCUUAAGCAAUACUUUAGGGAAGGUAUUUAACCAAUAAGGAUGGAUUUAUAGACUAAUAAUUGCAUUGAUUGAGUUAAGAUCCUCAAAAUGUCUUUUAUUGUGAUGUUAUAAUUGUUUUAUAAUAAAUAUUUUAUCAAAUAUUCCUAAAAUUAAAAAUAAAAA